AUGUCACCGCGCUGUGCCCCGGCCCGCGGGCGCUUCGCGCCGGGCAGUGCGCUCUGCGCUGUGGGCGGAGGGGCUUGUUUUUUCCUGGGUGGAGAAGGGGAGCAGCUCCCGGCACAGAACGCAGCUCCGGGGCGCCGGGAAGCCCUUGCUGCGCUCGCUGCCCCUCACAGAACGGGCCGUGUUGCGGCACGUACGAGUAAAUCGCGCGGUCUAAGCCGUUCGGGUGUUGCAGCGCUGCGAGCCAGAGGUUUUCCUCCUGCUUGCGGGGCCAGCACCAUGGCUGAGAAGAUGUCACCGAGUCCCGGUGAGGCCAUCACGCCGCUGCAGCAGAUGUUGGCCUCAGGGACGGGGGCCAUCCUCACCUCCCUCUUUGUGACACCGUUGGAUGUGGUGAAGAUCCGGCUGCAGGCGCAGAGGACCCCGUUCUCUAAAGGGAAGUGUUUCCUCUACUGCAACGGGCUUAUGGACCAUCUGUACGUCUGCCAGAAUGGCAACGGCUGCACCGCCUGGUACAAGGCCCACACCCGCUUCACCGGCACGCUGGAUGCCUUUGUGAAAAUCACACGCUAUGAGGGUGUCAGGUCUCUGUGGAGCGGCUUGCCCCCCACCCUGGUCAUGGCUGUGCCAGCCACUGUCAUUUAUUUCACCACCUACGACCAGCUCCGGGAUUACCUGCGCGCUCGGACGGGGAGCCGGGGGCACCACAUCCCCUUGCUGGCCGGGGCCCUCGCCAGGUUGGGUGCUGUGACGGUCAUCAGCCCUUUGGAGCUCAUCCGCACCAAGAUGCAGUCCCGACAGCUCAGCUAUCGGGAGCUGGGCGUCUGCAUCCAGCUGGCAGUGGCGCAGGACGGCUGGCUCUCCCUCUGGAGAGGCUGGGGACCCACUGUGCUGCGAGAUGUCCCCUUCUCGGCUCUCUACUGGUUUAACUAUGAGCUGGUGAGGGAAUGGCUCUGCAGGCAGGCCCGGCGGGACGAGGCCACGUUCAUGAUCAGCUUCACAUCCGGCGCCAUCUCUGGGACGGUGGCUGCGGUGCUGACGCUGCCCUUCGACGUGGUGAAGACCCAGCGGCAGAUCGAGCUGGGGGACGGCGAGGUGCACCCAGUCGCAGCCUCCAAGCCUUCCUCCACCUGGCUGCUUUUGCGGCGCAUCCGUGCCGAGUCCGGCACCCGGGGGCUGUUUGCAGGCUUCCUGCCCCGCGUCAUUAAGGUGGCACCGGCUUGCGCCAUCAUGAUCAGCACAUACGAGUUUGGCAAAACCUUCUUCCAGAAGCUGAACCAGGAGCGGCAGCUGCGAGGGCUGUGAGUGGGGCUGGGCAGGGCUCGUGCCGCUGGUGCCCUGAGGACGCUGCCAGCCCUGCUCCCAGUGAGGUGUCGGGGGCCGGCGAACCUGCGUGGCCGUGCAAAGCCCAAGUGCCUUCGUGCUGCCUGUGCAGGGCCAGCCAGCCCUGCUCUCCAUCCCCAGCCACACUGGGGACAUCUGUGUCUGCUGCUGUGACACUGGGGGGAUGUGAAGUCCCCCAUGUUCAUCCCUUGAGGCUGGACAGAUGCUGCUGGAUUCAUGGACACUCUGGCAAGGACGGGAUGCCCCAGGAGCCUCAGCAGAGCUUGAGAUGGGAGCUGGGGCUCCGGCAAGGACCAAACCCUCGGGGGCUUCUUGUGUGCCUCCCUGGGGCCCCAGCCUCACUUGCCGUGUCUGCCCCCCCUCACCAUCACACACACAGUGUCCUAUUGUGGGCUCUGUGCAGCAAGGGGAUGUGUCAGGACCCUCCCCCUGCCUCCAGCCCCCUUGUCCCAUCCAGGGCGUCGCUGGGCUCAGACCUUGCUGCUGCUCUGCGGGGCUGGCAGGCGCUGGGGCAACAACCCUCUGCCCGUGCCCCGUCCCAGCGCUGCACCCCGUGUGGGUGCUGCCCCAGCUUGCACUGGGACCCUGGGGGGAAUUACUCUUAUUUUCCUAAAUAAAAGAAAAUCUUAGUCUGUUA